AUGCCAACAACGUGGGAGGAGUAUGUGGGGGCAGCGCCUGGUGCAGCGCCACCUCUUGGAAGGGCACAGAUCUUGAAACAGAAUGAAAAGCAAUUCACUGCUCUUAUUGGAAUGAGCGAAGAUUUCCCAAUGGGAGUAGAUGUUCUGCUUGAUAUUCUUGAGAUUGUCGCACCAUUCAAGCACCUCGACAAAUUGCGGCGUUUUUGUGAAGCGAGACUUCCACCUGGUUUUCCAGUACGCGUAGAGAUUCCGUUGCUGCCCACGAUAUCGGCGAAGGUCACCUUCCAAAAACUUCAGUUCAUGAAUAAUCUUUCGGACAAGAUCUUCUUCAUACCAACGUCGUAUCGCGAAGAUCCAACCAGAUUCCCAGAUUUGUAA